GGGCGAAUGACAGAUAUGACAUCAACUGUAAACGAACGGACAAUCGCGAUUUCAGUGUGCGACGGAGAAAAAUAAAAAAAAACACAGACUUCAAGUCCUUCGAAAGUAGCAGCUUUGGGCGAAAGUAAAAAGUUCAAAUUAUUAUAAUUUUUGUGUUAUAUCGUACCACAGUUGUGAAAACGCAUGUUUUAUAAUCGAGUGAAUAGUGGAGUUUGUCUAGCCGAGGUGAAACCUUUUCAAAGCAAACGGACAGAAAAAAAAAACUGAAAGAACCCACCGUGUAUUACCAAAUUGCGUAUUUCGCAAUUUGCAGGCUCGUAUCUCGGGUCUUGGAGGGCAGGAUAUUAUUUGGGGUUGCUGAUAUUUUGGAACUGUAAAACGGCACUAGCUUCGAAGCUCGGGCAGCGACAAUCCUGCGCGCCUCUAUGGCUACCAGUGGUCAGCGGUUGACCGAAUACGAAGAGGUUCGCGAUUGAGCAAGAACGAGUGACUUGGUUUGCUCCGAGGCAGCAGCAGUGAGGCAUUUCAGGCGAGAUGACCAACAAAGAGUAUGACUAUCUGCUGAAGGUGCUCCUGGUGGGGGACAGUGACGUCGGGAAGCAGGAGAUUCUUUCCGGGCUGGACGAUUGCACAUCGGAGAGCCCAUUCUGCAGCGGUAGCGCCGCGUACAAAACCACAACUAUCCUGCUGGACGGCAAACGCGUCAAACUGCAGGUAUGGGACACAUCCGGCCAGGGCCGGUUUUGCACCAUCAUUCGGUCGUAUUCCCGGGGAGCACAGGGCAUCAUUCUGGUGUACGACAUCACCAACAAGUGGAGCUUCGACGGGUUGAGUCGUUGGCUGAAGGAGGUGGAGGAACACGCCCCGGGCGUUCCCAAGGUGCUCGUGGGUAACCGACUGCAUCUGGCCUUCAAACGACAGGUGGCGGCCCGACAGGCCGAACUUUACGCCUCCCGGAAUAAGAUGGCGUGCUUCGAGAUUUCCCCCCUGUGCGAUUUCAACAUUCGCGAGUCGUUCUGCGAGUUGGCUCGCAUGGCCCUGCAUCGGAACGGGAUGGAGCGGAUCUGGCGCUCGAACAAGGUGCUCUCGCUGCAGGAACUGUGCUGCCGGACGAUCGUCCGGAGGACGAGCGUGUACGCGAUCGACAGUCUGCCGCUUCCGCCGUCGGUUAAAUCCUACCUAAAAUCGUACGCCCUCACGUCCUCCCAGUGUCUCAGCACGGCGGUCCUGCACCACAACACGGCACCCGCCUCGAACGCGAAGAACCUCAAGUGCAAAACACCCACCGGUCAUCUCAAGCUGCAUCGAAGUAACCACGGGCUGGGAAGUGUUAGCAGUGGCAUGCGGAACAGUUGCGUGAUAUCCUGAUUGUCGUCGAUCGUAGCGUCUCUGCGGCGCAUCUUCAUCAGACGGAGACGACGAUCGAGGUCCAGCGGGAGGGAUGGCGGAGGUGGCGGCAGCAGUAGCAGCAGACGCAGUAGUCAGAGCACCGCUGCUUUCGUUGGCAUCGGUUCCAGCAGCGUAAACCGCAGCGGUAGGGGCGGUCACAGUAGUUGUUGUUUUUAAUUUUUUUAUAUGAUUACUAGCUUUAUUUUGCUUAUUUUUUUUUUAUUUCAUUUUUCUUGAUCUGUGCGAGAAAGUUAUGAUGUGUGUAUACAAUGAAUGAUAAUCACUGAUUUCGGAUUCCAGUUUAUAUCGAAGAAUAGGAUGCUUUUUGUGCUCUAAAGUGUUGUGUUUCUUUUUUUUUGUCAGUCGACUGAGGUUUCCUGCGCAAUGAAUUUCUGUUAAAUUUUUUCAAAUUAUUUAACAUAAUUAGUUGGGAAGUAAAUCACAUUUGUGGGAAUCUCAAAUUUUGGGUGCGGUGUCAAAUGUCAAUGCCAACCAGUGCUUGGAAAUAUCUGUUUCACAACAAUAUUUUCAGCCAAAUUUCAGACCACAUUCGAUCAUUACACCAUUGACACAUUUCGCGCCAACUCGACCAGAUGUUGGCAUGACACUCUCAGAACUAAAUGAAACUUUCUGGACGUGAAGACCUUACCUAAUUAAGCAACUUGGCAUACUUAGUUUUCCAAAAAUGUAUCUAGACUAACAUAUAGAAAGGGCCAAAUAUUUUUGACAAUUUUCUUAUAUUUUUUUUGCUCGAAAAUGGUAAGUCCUACAAAAAGUGAUCCAUGGAAGAGUUUUAGGAAAAUAAUUGAAUUUUCAGAAAAAAAAUACUGAAAAAAACAUUUUUUGAAAUCCUACACUGAAACAAAUCGUUUUUAAAAACUAAAAGUCGUCGUCAUCUCAGAUUUUGAUGAAAUGGUAGAUAAAUAUAUGCCCUACAACUCUUCCAUACAUUGCGGAUUGUGCAUAUUUAAAACAAAAAAGUUUUUCUAACAAAAACUUUUUCAAUAUUUUCUUGAAAUUAAGUUUAUUUCUUCCUUCAGUGCAGAAAGCCAACCCAAAAUAACAAAAAAUAAAUAAUAAUAAUAAAAAUGUUGAAUGAGUGUUUUAAAGGUCUUUAUUUCAAAUCAAAUGUAAUACAACUUAUGAAAUUUUGUGACAUUAAAUUCAUUUUUAGUUCAUCUGAUCUUAUACCAUGUUCAUGUCAACUUAUAUUCUAAGAGAUGCAAUCAUCAUGUAUUUCCUAUUUUUUUUCUUUUUAUCUAACAUUCUGAAGAUUUUGGGAUCAUCUACUGAAUUUGAAAACCUUUCAGCUGCGAUUUUAUUUUCAUCUACAGGAAUAAAGCAAUGACGUUUUUGUGUCCCCGAUAUUGUUUUCGCGUGAUAACCCUGUGUAGCAUUUUGAAUAAUGAAUGAAUAAUUUUCUGAAAAAAACUCAAAUUACUAUUAUCUCUUUUUGCGUCAAAGAUUUUUUUUUAAAUUUCGCAUCAGAGCAGACUGCUGCUUGUAAAUAAAGUUAUGCUCUAUGAGGUUGUCUACUUUAUCAACAAAAUACGGCACAAAUUCAUCGAAUGGUUGUAAAAUUGUUGAAUUGAUGAUUUGGAAACACAACCCAAACAGCACUAGAGCUUUAUGAUUGGGCAGUUAUGACAAGUUUUAUUACAUUUGAUUUGAAAUAAAGACCUUUAAAACACUAAUUCAACAUUUUUAUUAUUAUUAUUUAUUUUUUGUUAUUUUGGGCUGGCUUUCUGCACUGAAGGAAGAAAGAAACUUACUUUCAAUAAAAUAUUGGAAAAGUUUUUGUUAGAAAAACUUUUUUUGUCUUAAAUAUCGUCGCAGUCGCAGUGUAUGGAAGAGGUGUAGGGCACAUAUUUAUCUACCAUUUAUAUACAAUUUCAUCAAAAUCUGAGAUGACCAUUUUGAGGAAAUCGACUCUUAGAUUUUAAAAAUGAUUUUUUUCAGUUUUUUUUUCUGAAAAUUCAAUUAUUUUCCUAAAAUUAUUCCAUAGAUUACGUUUUUCUAGGACUUACCAUUUUCGAGAAAAAAAAAUUAUAUAAAAAAUGGUCAAAAAUAUAUGUUCCAUAUGUUAGUCUAGAUAAAUUUUCGGAAAAUUAGUAUGCCAAGUUUCUUAAUUAGCCCUAGGCGCCUAUGUAAUACCAGGUGAAACAAUCAUAUGAACUGCACUUUCAGCCAUAUAGAAAUUGUUGUCGGUAUUGUUUACAGAUGAUGUUGCUUCACCUGUUAUCCAUUUAUAUAAGCGCCUUGGGUAAGCCCAAGGCGCCUCUAUAUAUACCAGGUGAAACAAUUAUAUGAAAUGCACUUUCAGCCAUAUUGGAAUUGCUGUCGGUAUUGUUUACAAACAGCUGCCGGCGGCUCUCUAGAAACUGCCACGACGCUUAUUCGAACGAUGCCUACUAUGUUCGGCUUUCGCAAAUUUAUGUGAAAAAGAAGAGAUGAUUUUGUAGAAUUUCAUUCUCAUCCAGUUCAUCCACUACUCUCGCAUGUGAAAAUGCAAAAAUGGCGUAUCCUAGCAAUGACGAAACAAACAGCUCCCGCUCCACAAACCGUAAUCCCCUUCUUAUUGAAGUGAUGAUGUUGCUUCACCUGUUAUACAUUUAUACAAGCGCCUUGGGUAAGCCAAGCCUCACAGUCACAGAAAGCCACGCACAGUUGAGUUCAGUUCAGUUUCGUUCAUUCUUUCUUUCGUUCCGGUCUGCGUUCACGGAAUGUGAGCAAUAGGAAAUAUCCCUAGUUUUGUCAUUCAUUGAUACUAAUAUACAAGUUCAUUCAAUAUCAACAUCGUUCUCGGACACUGGUGAAACGGUGAAAUUGGUUGAGGAAGAUGAGGAAAGACAGAAAAUUCAUAAUAGUGGCAACAAAUUAGGAUAGCGUUGCGGAGUAUGAUGGAGUCGACAAUGUAGGCGUUUUUAAAUUGUUCAAGCAAGCAAGGUUUCGGUCUCAGUUAAAAUGCUUCCAUUUACAUAGUGAAUAUGCAAUUACAAUACCACUUGUCAGAAAUGUAUCAAAAGACUACAAUUCCGAUGUGAAAAAGUAUCGGUUUGACUCAAAUUUCGGACACUUCAUUUCAAAAACUAAAUUAAUUGAACAUCAAUGUUGUUUGUAUACCUAUAAAUGUUGUUAUACUGAAGGGUAUAUCCUAAAAAAUAUCGGGGUUUGCAAUAUUCAAUUAUUUAUAACAUUGAUGUUCCAUAAAUUAAGUUUUUUUAAAUAAAGUGUUCGGAAUUUGAGUCAAUACGGUAUAGGUAUAUUUUGAUCUAUGAUGAAAAUUAAACACAAAUAAAGUCAAAAAAGAACAGAGCUGCAAGAUCAUGUAUUAAAAAAAAUGAAAUAGUCCAAGACACGACCGCAUUGGGAAUAAUUCCAGCUUUUUUUCGCGAACGGGUUAGACUGUAUUAUAGGAAUGACGGAUGAAAUUGUCAACAUCCAGCUUUGGGUGACGAUGUUUGAAUUUGCUACUCGGAUCGAUUUUUCAGAAUGCUUCCUCGCCGUCCAACCCAGCAAACAUUAAAUCGUAUAAUUUUGCACAUGAUAAGUUACAUAUAAAUUCGUAUCAAAUCACAAUCGCAUAAAAUAUCAAUCAAAAUAUCGAUCAUAUAUAUCUAAAAUCGCAUAAAAUGCAAAAACACGAUUUUCCAUAUAUUUGCUGAAUUGAGUGGUAACAUUGUCGGAUCAAAUCGCAUAUCAGUCCGAAAAACAUCGUAUAUCGUUAUAUACGGCUUUAUAUGCGUACGAAAUAUGACAUAUACGUAUAUCGCCUCCACUUUUGCGUGUAUAUGCUAGUUAUAUGCAUCAUAUAUCAUCCAAAUGUGUCUUGGUUGUAUGUAUAUCGCCUCCAAUUAAAGUUAUUCAUACGACUUAAUGUUUGCUGGGAAGCCUCUGCAAUCCCAAGUUGUUUUGGUGAAUGUGCGUGCGCCUCUUGCUCUUUUGCUGUCAAUAGAUCAGGCCAUUUCCGCUUGCACCACCGAUUUGUGUUGCGAUUUCGGAGUAACUUCAAAAAUAACUGAAUUAGAACAGUGCCUUGCUGAAUGAGAAAAUCACACACUUAUCGGGAUAUUGAAAUGGAACAGUCACAACAUUCCUGACAAUUCAAUGGCAAUGAAUAAAUGAGAAUGAAUUCUCAUGACUCGAACUUUAAGGAAUGCUCAGAUCAAGGCACCUAGAAGUAUAUCCUAAGGUAAGGCCGUUUCGUCACUAAGUUGGUUAGGGGAACGGUAUAUGGUAUAACAGUACGGAAGAAAGUAGAAGGGGAAUUAUUUACUUGUAGCGUGAAAGAGACAGACUGAUCACGAGCGAGCUUCGGCACUAGCGUAUUGUGUUUUGUUUACAAACAAAACACAGUAGACUACCAAGAUGGCUGAAGAGUGGUUUUAGCAAGUUGGCCCACUUUAGGAUAUACUUCUAGGCGCCUUGGCUCAGAUAGCACAGAAUGAAUAUAAAAGAACACAGUUGUAAAUUUGUUUGACGUCGAAUGAAUGACAGCAGCAUUGACAAGAAAAAUAAACGCGUUACACUGAUAAAAAUCUAUUUUCAAUAUUACUUAACAAGCUCAAUAUUUCCAAACCCUGAUGCCAACUCAAAAAAAAUCUCCCGCUCGGAAUUCCACCCAUUACUUUUUCUCUUUCGUUGCGCAAGGAUUUAAGUAACGCAAAAGCAUUUUAGUAUGUAAGGGGGGAAAUAAAAACGCGGAAUCGAAACAAGCAUAACAAAAAAACUGCAAGUAAAUGUGUAAAACUCAUCUGAUUAUUAUAUAUCGAUAAAAAUACCAAAUACUAAUUUUAUACAUUUAUCCUAAAUUAUGACGUAUAAUCGUAAAAUAUAUACAAUGAAAAACACACAAAAACACUAAAAACAAAAACCUUGUAUACAUUUUCUCCUUCAAGUGGGUACUAAUGUCGAGUAAUGGAUAAUUUUAAUAUUAUUUCUAGAUGUGUAAGCUCCUUUGUAACAACACUUUUUUGAAAAACAAACAAAAAAAACAAUACAAAUCAGAUACAAAUCGUGAAACCAGAAAAGGCUAUCGAAUAACGUCCAAUAUAAGGUAACUCUCACACCUCGUGCAGUUUUUCCCUCACGCUCCUAAAAACAACAAAAAAAAGCUAAACAAAAUACAGUUGCCAUAAUGUUAGAACAACUAGUUGAUUGAAUUCUCUUGUGGUUAAGAGAGCGCAGUGGUCUGAAAGUGACGCGGAGUGUAAUCUCUAUAAAACGUAUACAAACAAACAUACACUACACACACUCUCACUUAUAUACAAACACACACACAAACAUCCAGUUUUAACCUGUGUCAAUCGAUGCGCGCGUGUGGGUGGUCUGUGCAUUAAGCGAAUGAGGAAGGCAUAAGACUGCAACAGCUUUGCGGAGGUGUUUGUUCGCGGUAAGCCGGCAAAAACAAUCUUAACAAUCAAUAUCGAUCCGUCUUCUGUACAUUUCAUUGUAAUGCUCACGUCUAGAGUCAACCAUAGUAUCACAUCGUAAGCACACACACACACCCUCUCUUCCCACAACAAUGUCCAACCAUCAUUUGUGCGGUUCAAGGACGAGGAAAGGCCCUGAUCUGAACGCGUAAGCAAACCUUCGGUUGUUACUAGUUUUUAGUUUUUGCUAAGUCGAGCGAUGAUCGCGAUGAGAGAGUGAGUGAGCUCGAUUUUUGUAUGAUAAUAAUUAUAAUAAUAAUCAUAUAUUAAGCGCUAACAAAGUUUUGCGACAGUAGCAACCAAUAAAACAAAAACAAGAACAAAAUGACAAAAUUAUAUUAUACAGAUACGGCGGCGAUAUUAUGCAAAACACAAAACAAAAAACAAACAGAAUUUUCAAAUCA